GGUCCGUUUUAAAGUAAACAGAGACGCGCUGCCUGCGCUGUGUGUUACUGACAGCCACAUUUAGGCUCGAUGAUGACGACGGUGGUGAUGAUGUCACAGCCAGGCCCACGUGCUUGAGGCAGUGGGCUGCAGCCUCGGGAAGGGUCGACAACACCCGGACAGCAGCGGCACAGGCGCAGUGAAAGGCGCAGCUAGAAAACGGACACAGCCAGUCCCGGAUCAUGAGGAUCACUUCAAUCUCGAUUUGACGACGUGUUGGGACGCUUCCUGGCUCCGAUUCGGCGCUGUUUAUGUAUCGCCUUGUGUCUCUCCCCCCACCUACUUCUUUUCCUCCACAAUGAUUUGCGAGGAAGAUGCACCCAUUUGAAAUUUCCAUUGACCUUCCAGAUAGCGAAGCCGCUGCCGCCGCUACAGGAGCAGCGCCCCCCGGCUACUGCUCCUGCUCUCGCCCCGUGUAACCUCCCCCCCGGUUGUCGCUGGACACACAGGUGCUGUCGCUGCCGUUUUCAAGCCGCUAAUCUUCGGGUUUUUCUUCUCAAUCAAUCAAGACCGAGGCAGAUGCCCCUCGCUCUGUCAGCCCGGCUUCUACUAUGGUGGACUUUCCAUCUCUCACUCCUUACUGGCCUCUCCUCCGCUUUCUGGUGCCUCUGGCGAUCACCAAUGUCGCCAUCGACAUCGGGGAACAGGCCCUCAACAGGGGCAUAGCCACAGUCAAAGAGGACACUGUUGAAAUGCUGGCCAGCUAUGGGCUGGCCUACUCUCUGAUGAAGUUCUUCACCGGGCCAAUGAGCGACUUCAAGAAUGUGGGUUUGGUGUUUGUCAACAGCAGGAGGGACCGGAGGAAGGCGGUACUCUGCAUGGUGGUGGCUGGAACCAUCGCCUUCGUCCUGCACAUCCUGAUAGCUUACACAGAUUUAGGAUACUACAUCAUUAAUAAGCUCCACCAUGUGGAUGACUCUGUGGGGACCAAGACCAGAAAGGCUUUCUUAUACCUGGCUGCAUUCCCUUUGCUGGAUGCAAUGGCAUGGAUUCAUGCAGGGAUUCUCCUCAAGCACAAGUACAGCGUCAUAGUGGGUUCAGCCUCAAUCUCUGAUGUCGUGGCACAGAUUGUGUUCGUGGCCAUUCUCCUCCAGAGUAACCUGCAGUGUGUGGAGCCUUUACUCAUCCCCAUCCUCUCCCUGUACAUGGGUGCCUUGGUCCGUUUUACCAUCGUGGGUCUGGGAUACUACUGUAACAUUCACGACAACAUCCCAGACUCCAGUGGACUCGAUGUCGGUGGCGAUGCUACCAUCAAGAAGAUGCUGAAUUUCUGGUGGCCCCUGGCCCUCAUCCUGGCCACUCAGCGCAUCAGUCGACCCAUCGUCAACCUCUUUGUGUCUCGUGACCUCACCUCGGACGCUACAGAGGCUGUGGCUGUGCUCACUGCCACUUACCCUGUGGGUCACAUGCCGUACGGUUGGUUAACUGAACUCCGAGCAGUGUACCCUGCCUUUGACAAGAACAAUCCCAGCAACAAGAUGAACGCAGGCAGCCCUGUCACCAAGUCGCACAUUAAAAAGUUUACAUUCUGCUGUGUGGCUCUCUCACUCACACUUUGUUUUGUGGUGUUUUGGAGUCCACAUGUGUCCGAGAAGAUCCUGGUGGAUAUCAUUGGAGUGGAUUAUGCUUUCGCUAAGCUGUGUGUGAUCCCACUCCGGAUUUUCUCCUUUUUUCCUUUGCCAGUGACUGUUCGGGCUCAUUUGACUGGAUGGCUCAUGACCCUGAAAAAGACCUUUGUGCUGGCCCCCAGCUCAGUUCUCCGCAUCAUUGUCCUCAUCACCAGUUUAGUUGUUCUGCCUUAUAUGGGGGUUCACGGGGCGACACUUGGGGUUGGAUCCCUCCUGGCCGGUUUCAUUGGGGAGUCAACAAUGGUUGCCAUAGCAGCGUGCUAUGUUUAUCGAAAACAGAAAAACAACGAGAUGUCCAGUGAGCUGGUGGCGGAGUGUGAGGACUCGGCCCCAAUGAGCGAGGUGUGCUCCAGGUCUCAGAUGGACGCCAUUGAGGAACUCCAGGAGGAGGAGGAGGAGGAGGAGGAAGAUUCAAGUGGGUCAGCAACAGGAGGAGGCGACAUGGACCUCCGUGUGGAACUUCGCUGAGGAAGAGGCGGCGGCCGUCAAGUGGGACAGUGAUGGAGAGCGGAGAGGACUCCAGUAUGAUUUUGCUUCAGAGGUUCCCGUGACAGAAACUUUGAGUCGAGAGUGAAGAGGUUGCCUUCACAUCGACCCGCACACCAUUUUAAGAACGCACACUGUAAAGAAAGCCAUGCACUUGCAAAAUGUUCAUCCAUCAGCGUAAAAAAAAAACAAAAAAACACCUUUGUCUUCCGAACCUUUCCAUUAGCUCUCAUGGUUUCUCUCAUCAUCACUUCAGCGGGUGUCUCAGCCGCUCUUCGUGUGUUUACUGGUAAACGAGGGAAAUGGACAGAGGAGGAGUUUUGUCCGUUUCACAGCGAGGACGGAAACGUCCGUCGAGUGGUCGCGCAGUUGCCAAAACACACAGUUCAUUAGGUUAUGUUUUUAAUUAGCAUUGAAUUUAAAUAUAGAUAUGUUGUGGGACUUGUUGGGUUGUGCAAUCGUAUUUUACAUACAACGGUGUACAGAUUAUUGUUGUUUUUACAUAGUUAUUUGCAAUGUGUAUAUUUAAUUGCAGAGGGGGAUCGGGAAUCCCUCGUUAUAUCAUUGCGUCUUACAGAAUACAGUUUUGAUUGUUGACAUGGAUCACAGUCUGGAAGUCGCAUCUACCAUUGUUUUGCAAAAGCAUUUUCCUGGUAGUGUUCAGACGGUCAUAUGUACUGUAUAUACUGUACAGGCAUUCUUAUUUGGCAUAUAAAUUGCUUUGUUAUUAACUCUUGUGCUUUGCUGGCUUUACUUUUUCGAUGUCUCUGUUAUGAAGUUUGAUCGGAAACACAAAAUGUUGAAAAAUACUUAUGGGGACAGGGAAAUAGCCACUUAGCGGGGUUUUUUUUCCAUCAAUAAAGAGAAUGUUUCAUGUU